CUGUCACAAUAGUCUCACUCUCACCGCUUCUGUCACGCUCUGUCCUGUACACUUUUGCCAGAAUCAGAAGCAGCAUUAGCUACUUCACUUCAUGGUGUUUUCAAUUCCUUCCACAGUGAGUAGAUGCAUUCCCAUAAAUUGCACCAGUGCUUAACUCGUGGCCCAAAAUUAAUUCCCUUCAACAAAAGGGGGAGAAAUACCAAACCAACUGUUUUUGUCACGUUAAUUUGGUCAAAACUCAGCCCCUGAUAAUGACACUACUAAUUGGCGCCUUCCUCUUCACUUUAUUGGCACCUUCUUCAGCCCCGACCCCAACCCCAUACAUUCUCAGUCCAGCACGCUCCAUUUCUGCUUCUUCUGCUGCACUACUGUUUCUUGAAUCUGCUUUCCCUAGAUCUGAACUUUUUGGUAUUGGUGAUUCUCCACUUGAUCAUGGAAAAUUCAAAUCUAAUCCCAAAAAGGGUCAUGCCUCUUGGAUCUUUUAGCUUCUCAGAUUUGCUCGACAAUCUUUUCCCCUGAUGUUCAAGAACAAGAGCAGCCAGCAGUCAAAAUGCAGUAUUCAUAUGCCUCCAUUUUCUCAAGGUACUCAGAUUUUAACCUGUUGCUAAUUUUCUUAUCAUUCCUCUCCCUUAGUUUUCUCCAAGCAAGAUCAAGCGAUGCUGAGGCGCUUUUGGCCUUAAAAUCAUCAAUAGACCCAACCAACGUUCUUCAAUGGGGUAGAGAAUUUGUGCCUAAUGUAUGCUACUGGCAAGGAGUCAGAGAGUGCAAGAAUGGGAGGGUCACGAAGCUGGUGGUGGAGAGGCUAAAUUUAACAGGUAUAUUAGAAGAAAACAGCAUGAACCAAUUAGAUCAGCUUCGAGUUUUAAGCUUCAAAGACAACUCCAUUUCUGGCCAAAUCCCAAAUCUUUCCGGCCUAGUGAACCUCAAAUCGUUGUACCUCAACAACAACAACUUUUCCGGCAGCUUCCCGUCCUCCCUAUCGCUUCUGCACCGCCUCAAAGUGGUAGUUCUGGCCAACAACAAAAUAUCCGAUAACAUCCCGGAAUCACUACUCAGACUUCCAAAAUUGCAUGUACUCUAUUUAGAAAACAAUCUCUUAACCGGUGAAAUCCCUCCAUUCAAUCAAACUAGCUUGAAAUUCUUUAACGUCUCAAACAACAAUCUCUCCGGCGAAAUCCCGGCUCACUCUUCCUUGGUUUAUUUCAAUGAGUCCUCAUUUUCCAACAAUGUUGAUUUAUGCGGCGAACAAAUUCAUAAACAAUGUACUCCUUCCAAUACUCCUGGUCCCUCCAUUAGUCCUUCAUACCCAAUAAUCCCAAAAAGUCAAGAAAACCAUAGAAGGAAAAAGAAGCUUAUUUUGAUCCUUGUUCCCAGCAUUCUUGGUGGGAUUUUAUUAGUCUGUAUUAGUGUAGCAGCUUUGAUUGUUUGUUUUAAGGGUAGAGCUAAGAAGACAAAGGACAUCAAGAGUAAAAGCAUGGACGAAGGGGAGGGAGAAGCAGGGGGCAAUGGGGGUAGGGGUGAUGAUCAUCAUGAUGAUCUUGGAGGAGGGGGGAAACAAGGUGCAUUUUCAUGGGAUCAGGGCGGUGAAGGACUAGGGACUCUGGUGUUCUGCGGACCAGGGGAUCAGCAAAUGAAUUAUAGCUUGGAGGAUUUAUUGAAGGCAUCGGCGGAGACGUUGGGGAGAGGUACGAUAGGAAGCACGUACAAAGCUGUGAUGGAGUCCGGAUACAUCGUGACCGUUAAAAGGCUGAAGGAGGCUAGAUAUCCUAGGAUUGAGGAGUUUCGGAGACACGUGGAAGUUAUCGGACGGCUGAGGCACCCGAAUCUGGUCCCGCUUAGAGCUUAUUUCCAGGCUAAGGAGGAACGUCUGCUUGUAUAUGAUUAUUUCCCCAACGGCAGUCUCUUCUCGCUCAUCCACGGUACGCAGUUUUCGUCGGUCACUAAACUUCCA